UGGGUACAACACCGAAAGCAAUAUCCUCAACUAUCUAAAAUGGCGCUUGAUCUGCUGGCGUGCCCGGCCAUGUCAUCUAACUGUGAGAGGACGUUCUCCACGACGGGGUGGGCCAUGGGGAUACGCAGAUCCAGGCUCCAUGGGGACACGGUAGAGUCUAUAGAGUGCCUCCGCAGUUGGCAGAAGGCAGGGCUU